AUGCCUCCCCUGUGCGACUCCAUCGGCUCGCACUACGACAUGGUCAAGCGAACCGUCCUCGGCAAGAUCGAGCAGCACAACGCUCGCAAUAUCACCUCGCCGCUCCUACAAAACCCAGAUACACAAGUCCUCGAUCUCGCCUGCGACACGGGAUUUUACACGCGUUUCCUCGUCGAAUGGGGCGCCGCGUCCGUCGUCGGCGUGGACCUGUCGCGCGUCAUGCUGCCAGCAGCCGCCGCCGCCCGCCUCACCGCGACGCCGUACACCGACCGCGUCGCAUUCCGGCUCGGCGACCCGUUCCACAUGCCCGACCCCGUCGACAAUUCCCAUCGUCCGGCAAGCGGGGAGGAGGAGGAAGAAGGGGUUUCGACGUCGUCGCCCUGCAUGUGGCUACUCGUCUACGCAAAGGACAAGGAGGAGCUGGCGCGCGGCUUCCGCACCGUCGCCGCGAACCUGCGGGCCGGGGAGGCGUCUUCGUGGGGUUUUUUUUUGGCCCCCCCCCCCGGGGUCGAAGACGUCGCUGCGCUGGCACGCUCCUCCCGCCGCCGCCGCCGGAUGCCGACGCCCCGAGCGGCGUGCGUGGAGCCACCCGGAGCCGCCCCUGGCCGACGGGCAGGGCGCGGUCAUGAUCGCGAGCGUGCGGCCGUCGCCCGGGGGUCCAGCCCCCGGGGACGCCGGAGCUGCAUUUGA